CAGCUGUUGGCUGGUGGGUUGUGGUCUUGGAUGUUGGUGAUGUGUUGGAUCUGACACUGGUGAUCUGCUGGGUUUGUUGGUUUGGGCUUAGGAGUUUAGGGUUCAGUAGAUAGCACAGUUAACUGGCACGAUAAUGGUGGUGUUGGACCUCAAGGUCACAGCCUCCGAUGAGGCGUCCCUCAGAAAUAAUUACAAGAUCUUGAACACCAUCUGCCAAAGCAGCUUUGGUGAAGUGAAGCUGGCCUGCCACCUCCUCACCCAGACCCAGGUGGCGUUGAAAAUCCUGCCAAGGAACUCCUCUAUUGUCACAUCAGAAAUUGAUAUCAUGAAAUCCCUCAGUCAUCCCAAUAUCAUCCAGCUUUAUCAGAUCAUCAACACCACUGUCAACACCUACCUUGUAAUGGAGCAUGCGAGCGGGGGAAGGCUGCUGGACCAGAUCCAGGAGGAUGGACAUCUGCAGGAGGAGGAGGCCCAUCGAAUUUUCCAGCAGAUUGGGAGCGCUGUGCAUUACUGUCAUUCAAAAGGUGUCGUGCAUGGAGACCUGAGGCCAGAAAAUAUACUGGUGGAUGGCGAGGGCAACGUCAAACUCAGUGACUUUGGGUUGGGCGUUCAGGUGAGCCCUGGGCAGAAGCUGCACUCUUUCUUCUGCAGCCUCCCAUUUUGUGCCCCAGAACUUCUUCAGGGAAAAGACUAUGAUGGACCCGCAGCUGAUAUGUGGAGCCUGGGAGUCCUCCUCUACUUUAUGACCAUGGGGUGCCUCCCUUUUCAAGCACCUACCAAUCCCGGGAUAAAGCAGAAGAUCCUGUGUGCGAAAUACUACAGCCCAUCUUAUCUUUCUGCAAAUGUCCUAAAUGUAAUUGGUCAGUUACUCACCCUGGACCCUAGCAAGAGGGCUACUAUAGACUGCAUCAUGCACCACCCAUGGCUCACGCAAGGUGAGGUGCCUUCUCUUGAGUUUUCCUUGGAGGAGUUCCCCAGUCUCCCAAACCCCAUUAUCAUAACCAUUAUGGCUGAUUUGGGGUAUGACCCUUACGAGGUCCUGGAAUCUUUAAAAGCACAAACCUUCAAUGAAACAAUGGCUACGUAUCUGAUAUUACAACACAAGAGCCCCUGGGAGAAUAGCCAGGAGAACCAAGUGAAGCCUGGGCAGCCAGGUGUUACACCUUGUGUGACCCCAGCAGAUCUUUCCACCUUCCCUCUUCCCCUGAACCAGACAGCCAGCAAGCCUGCCCUUCACACCUUCCCCUGUAAAUGUCAGCUUCACCAUGAUGAGAAACAUUUAAGGAUGGAGGGAGGCAAGAGGGCCAUCAUGUCUGCUGCUCCCCAGUGCUCCCUUCUGAAGAGGACCAUCUCUUAUUUCAGGGCAGCCUGCCAUCAUGAUGCUGUCGCUGCCCUUUGUACCCACUCCAUGAGUAGCUACGGUGCUGAGCCAGGGAGCCAUGUGGGCCCUCAGGACACACUUCCAAAAAACAACUCACUUCCCAGGAAGGAAUUGUGGACCCUGACCACCACGGGUGCCCGAACAACAGACAGCAGCUCAUCCUCUGGGGAGCUAUCGCCAGAACCAGUGUCCUUGUCCAGUGACCAGCCUAACAGUGGGAUGGUAGCCUGCACCCACACACACUGCUCAGGCUGGAAGAGAGAGAUGAGGAGAGUGGUGAGCUGUGUAGCAAAACUGUGCUGCUGCGUGACAGUCCAGAGGAAAGUUCAGGUCUCCAGAAACCAAGAGGUGCCAAUCAGAGUGCAAUGGCAAGACCCCCAAAGCCAGGAGAGCCACUCUGCUCACCGUACCUGCCACCACGAUGUUCUGCUUCAUCACAGAGAGCUAGAGGCCUUGGACAGAAACCUGAAUCACGAACCCUGGUGUGACUGUGGGGACAUUGCAAAGAGGGACUGUGGAUGUACAUCCAGAGACAGUGAGGCACCCAUGUGCUCCCCAUGAAAUGAGAGGGAUCCGCAGAGAUAGGGCGCCUGAGUCUGACAGGGUGUGAGCUUUGUCCUUGCUCAACAGUCAUGGGCCCAAAGCCACAUCUCUGUGCCAGUAAAUGAAAGGGUGGCUGGAGCCCAUCAGGCCACAGGGACUCAGGGCACAUGUGACUCCUUACAGUUGACCACAGCUUGGGACAGACUGGAAGCCACAUCAUUCUCCAGGCCAUGAGUGUGGACAAGCACUCAUGCAGAAUCUCAUCGAAACAGGCUUCGUGUUCCAAGACCUUCCUGACCCUUUCGACUGCUUCCUGAGAUGAACAGGAACACGUGAUAUACAAAAGACAGAGCAGAGAGGUGUGGACUGCCCACCCAGGGUGAACUCAAGUUGGUCUGGUACCCCAUGGGCCUGCACCCCCGACAGGCAGGACAGCUCCUCCCUUCCUGCCUGACAGUGGAAACAGCUGCUGCAGGGCACAGUUGUGGCGAUCAGGGAACUCUUAUCUGCACUCACACAGUGACAGCUUUCCAUUUUAGUACACUCCCACAGUCAUCGCAGAAGUCUCACAGCACCUGUAGUAAAGGUGCCCUGAGCACUGUGAGAAAAGGGACAAGCUGACGACGAAUCUGCGGAUAGCCUCGGGAUUAGAAACGAGCAGCAAGGACGAGACCUGCCAACGAAUACGAGUCCCACCACGUGCUACUGUUAAGGAAACUGAAGACCGGGAACCAAGCCUCCUGAACCGUAAGGAGGAUGAGCACGGGGAACCUGUUUCUGAAGCCUUGUGAGGGAUGCUCCUGCCAUGGCAGAAACGAGCCUGCGAGCUUUCCUAUUACCAUGAUGUGAGGUGCUUGGAAGUUACUUUUCACAUACAUUCAUUUG